AUGGCGCUGUGCGGCGGCCGCGGGCUGCCCGGGCUGGCGGGCACCUCCCCGGGGGUGUCCCCGCUGCCCCCGCUGCCGCUGGACGCGGGACACCCUGCGGAGCCGGGCAGGCUCUGGGACACCCCGAAGCGGCGGGGCGAGGGGCUGCCCCCGCCGUGGCUCUCGCCCACCCUGUCCCCGGAGCCGGUGGCCUCGCCCCGUGCCCGGGACUCCGUCUGCUCCCAGCCCUCGGAUGCCGGACUGGGGCUGGACUCCCCCACACAGCACGACCUCGCGGCGGCGGAGGAAGCCUUCGAGAAAAUGAUCCUGAGUUGCAGCAGACUCCUCCAAGGCCCAAAGCUCCACCUGCGGAGGAUUCGCUCCUUGCCGCCGUGUGCUGUGGAAGCCAGCCCGAUCCUGAAGGACAUCUCCCGCUCCGGGGAGUUCAACGUCCGCAGGGGCCGAGUGCGGAAGGCCAGCAGGGAGCCCGAGGAUGAGGAGGACUUUAUCCCCAAGAAGCUGCCGAGGCUGGACCAGCAGAGCCGGCUGGCCGCCGGCCAUGGGGCUGCCAGGAGGGACCCCCUGGCCACAAGACCCUGCUCCACUUCCAGCCUGCUGCCGCCCUGGCAGAGUGAUGCCACCGUGCCCCGGGGCACCGCUGAGAACGUGCUGACCUCGAGGAUGACGAGGAAGGAGGAGGCAGAGCUGCGUCCGGGGAAGCGCAGCAGGUGCCGGCAGCUCUUCUGCUCGCCCUCGGGGACCAGCAGGGCCAUCAGGCCCAACCUGAAGCGGGCACACCCCUGCGAUGAGGACACCCCUGUCAAGGCCAAGAAGCCCAGGACGGGGACCGGCAGCCCCUGCCAGGAGGCGUCGCUGGAGCCGGAAGAGGGGCUGCAGCGUUGCAGGUCUGCCCAGCGUGCGGAGAUCGAGAGCCCGCUGGACAACGAUGACCAGGACCUCAUCGGGGACUUCUCC